ACAAUUUUCAAAAUAUUUAAUAAAAGCCACAGACAAAUUCAAGUUUCACUCGGUGCAAUCUCGCCACUUCCAUCAUGGCUGUCCUGAAACUGACCGUGGCAGCUUCUUUUUGCGGCAAACCCUACAAAUGGGCCCGCUCUGUCACUUCCACCCCCGGCUCUGCCUCAACUACCACCACCGCCGCCGCAGCUGCUCCCUUUAUUACCCCUCAAAUUUCUUCACCCUCGCUAUCUUUAUCCCUAAAUAGCAAUAGAAGCGAUUGGCGCAGGUUAACGCCCUGCGCAUCCUUUGCCUCUAAUAGUAGCUAUUAUAAUAGCAAUGGUAACAAUUUAUUAGGGUUUGCUUUUCGUGGCCAAAAGCAAUUCUCUCUAUUUUCUUGCAAUUCUAGCUCCUCCUCCUCCUCCAACGCUCCAAAAACGGGAGGUUACUCUGGGUCCGAUUCGUCGUCUACCGGAUCGGGUCUAGCAGAUAUGGGGUCCGAGAACAAGGUUAACGGGAUUGAUUGGUACGAGAAUAACCAUUUAGACAGUCGGAAUCAGUCGCCGUCGCCGUCUUUGCAAAAUUGCCAAAGUCAACAAGAUUCCUAUCAUAAAUUGCUCACGCUGCCUACCAUUUUAACCCUCGGCCGUGUCGCUGCUGUGCCGCUUCUCGUUAGCACUUUUUAUGUGGAUAGUUGGUGGGGGAGAACUGCUACAACAAGUAUUUUCAUUGCUGCAGCAGUUACUGAUUGGCUUGAUGGAUACCUAGCCCGAAAGAUGAGGUUAGGCUCUGCCUUUGGUGCAUUUUUGGAUCCAGUGGCUGAUAAACUUAUGGUUGCUGCCACCUUGGUCUUAUUGUGUACUAGACCUCUGGAAGUUGCAAUCUUUGGACAAUUACCAUGGCUACUGACUGUACCAUCAAUAGCCAUAAUUGGUCGGGAGAUAACCAUGUCUGCCGUCAGAGAAUGGGCUGCUUCACAGAAUAGUAAACUCUUGGAGGCUGUUGCUGUUAAUAACUUGGGGAAGUGGAAAACUGCAACACAGAUGAUUGCACUAACCAUCCUCCUGGCUACCAGAGACAGCAGUCUUGGAGGACCUGGGAUUUUGGUAGCUUCUGGUGUUGUUUUGCUUUAUAUCUCAGCAGGUCUUUCAGUAUGGUCUCUGGCUGUGUACAUGAGUAAGAUAUGGAGAGUGUUGCUGAAGUAGUUGGCGUCUGUGUUUGCUUCUUGCCAAGGCCUCUGGAUAAGGUCAUGAUGCUUCAAACAUUCCCUUUGAUGACUACCCUCAGAGAUUGUCUUUCUUCAGAUAGGCAGUGGAUUAAGGGAAGCUUAUUCCUUUAGUGAAGAACUCCCACAUAUUUAGGUUACGUUUGAUUGGAAUUCGUCUUGUUUUGGUGAUAUCACGGCUUCUCAAAGGCUUUCUGAGAGUUGUUUUGAAAAUACGUACCCUUGUUGAUUUGAUAUACAGGAGAAAUGUUAGUAUGUAGAUGUCUGCUAAGAGCCACUGGUGGUGUUAUAAGUAGAUUUGGAGCUUCCUGUAUCAUUGAUGCAAUAGUUGGAUCCCGGCAGAAACACAUUGUGGAGUCAUUAAGUUGCUGAUGGAGCUGAAGAAAAACUCGCAUUCAGUUUAAUAUUUAAACAAACAGGAUUAAGUAAUAUCAAUUAUUUAUUGGUGUUUUUGGGCAGAUUUUAAGUUUUUUGCUGAUGAUUAGAGGCCAUCUUUGAGGAUGGUAGCUCGUUAUGUCAUAAAACUAGGCAACUGGCCAAAAUCCCUUGCCGUUUCCAUAUUGCCAGAAUGAUCUCAUUCUAAUUGCUUCGAUAUUCAGUAUGAAGUUCCUUUUGAGAAGGUUGUGCCUCUAUGUAUUCUCAAUUUUGAAUAGAAUCUUAGUAUAAAAUAUUACAUUUUGGUUC